ACUUGAUUGUGAUUGUGUUUGCCGUGUUGUGAAUUUGUGGAUGACAAUUUGUAAAUUAUUUUAUUGGAUUCUUAAAAUUUAAUAAUCAGAUUUUGAUACCGCUAUUUUAAGGAUAUAAAUAGGGAGGAAAAAAAGAAUUGUGAUCGUCGUCAUCAUCACUGUCACUGUGUCACUGUUUAGUGCUUAUUUAGGGUUUAAAGGCUUUUAAAGCUUAGAUCUCUUGUUUUCUCCGCUUCCCAAAUUCCUUCUGAGUCAAACCACAACGAAGGAAGAAAACAAAGAUGACAACCGUCAGGAGCCUCACUUCCCCAUCUAUUGUUAAAGCUGCAACCCCAAACCGAUUUACAAGUCCCAUCGCCAAGGCCCCAACAUCUCUUGGAUCUGUUAAAACCAUCUCUAGAUCUUUCGGCUUGAAAUGUUCCUCAAAUCACCGAACAUCGAUGGCAAUGUACAAGAUUAAGCUCGUAGGACCGAAGGGUGAAGUGAAUGAGUUCGAAGUCCCCGAUAACCAGUACAUCUUAGAGGCAGCCGAGGCAGCAGGAGUAGAGCUGCCUUAUUGUUGCAGAGCUGGAGCUUGCUCUAUAUGUACCGCGAAGGUCGUUUCGGGUACGGUACAUCAACCAGAAGCCAUCUACCUCGAGGACGAUCAAAUUAAGGAUGGGUAUAUGUUGACUUGUGUUUCAAAGCCAACCUCAGAUUGUGAGAUUCACACUCACAAAGAACUUGAUCUUUACUCUCCAUCAAAAUAAAAAGUUAAAUAUUGUUAUUAGUAUUUUGGGGUUCCAAAAAAACUGAAAUUAGGGUCUGGGGAGUUGUCUGAAACUUCUUUUUUCGUCCGAGUUUAGGGUUUGGGAAGUUGAGGGUAUUGUAGGGGCUCUCAUGGGCAAUAAGUUUGGCUAGUGUUUGUUUGUAAUGUUCUGUUUAUGAAUGCCAUUUUAUCAGUAGUUUUAAUGUUCCUCGUUGAUUGACUGAUUGGUUCGAAAAAGGACAUUCAGUUAAAUUGAGAAUCGUUUGUUGAGUUA